UACUGAUCAUUGAGGUUUCUACCAUCAAAGGUUCUUUCAGAUCCAAAUUUUAAGAGUCCACUCCAAACCGAUAGGGGGCAACAACAAAUGCCAUGGAUGGGGAGGCGAGAGAGUAAAACAAGGAAGCACCUAAGUUGCCGAGGUCUCUGAGAAGAUGGUGCUCAAAGAGAUUCCCACCGAGAACAUCGCCCGGCCGUUGGGUCGGAAUGAAGUAAUAGGACUUUUAUUCCGGCUGACGAUAUUUGGAGCAGUCACCUACUUCACCAUUAAGUGGAUGGUCGACGCCAUUGAUCCCACCAGGAAGCAGAAGGUUGAGGCACAGAAGCAGGCUGAGAAGCUCAUGAAGCAGAUUGGCGUGCAGAAUGUCAAGCUGUCAGAGUACGAGAUGAGCAUCGCUGCUCACCUGGUGGAUCCUCUAACCAUGCAGAUUACCUGGAGCGACAUUGCUGGUCUGGAUGAGGUAAUCAAUGAACUUAAAGACACGGUCAUACUGCCCAUCCAGAAAAGACACCUGUUUGAGGGAUCCAGGCUGCUUCAACCCCCUAAAGGCGUGCUGCUGUACGGCCCGCCAGGCUGUGGCAAGACGCUGAUCGCCAAGGCAACGGCCAAAGAGGCGGGCUUCCGCUUCAUCAACCUGCAGCCGUCCACCUUGACGGACAAGUGGUAUGGCGAAUCUCAGAAGCUGGCGGCCGCAGUCUUCUCCCUGGCCAUGAAGCUGCAGCCCUCUAUCAUCUUCAUAGACGAGAUAGACUCGUUCCUGAGAAGCCGGUCCAGUUCAGACCACGAGGCCACAGCCAUGAUGAAGGCCCAGUUCAUGAGCCUGUGGGAUGGGCUGGACACAGACUACAACUGCCAGGUGAUCAUUAUGGGGGCCACCAACCGUCCUCAGGACCUGGACUCUGCCAUUCUCAGGAGGAUGCCCACCCGCUUCCACAUCAACCAGCCUAACGUCAGACAGAGAGAAGAAGUGCUGAAGCUCAUCCUGGAGAACGAGAGCGUGGACACGGAGGUCGACUUGGGCGACAUCGCCAAGGACACGGACGGCUUCUCGGGCAGUGACCUCAGGGAGAUGUGUCGCGACGCGGCGCUGCUCUGCGUGCGAGACUUCAUCCACAACAGCCACGUCAACGACAGUCUGGAUGAGGACCACAUACGGCCCAUCCAGCAGCAGGACCUGCAGAAAGCCUUCCAGAAGAUGAAGAAGUCCAAGUCUGCGGGGGGCCAGGGCGUCCUCAUGCACGCUGCGCUGGACUGAGCUGGCCUGGGGAGGGGGGGGAGCUGCGGGCUGUAGUUCAUGACCUGUCCUGUCUUGGCUGUCGUAUGGUGGGAGAAAACCUAGGGAAUCACAAAGCAGGACCGCCACAUAUCUAGCCAGCUAGCUAUCAGUCACUCACACAUGGCUAUAUAUAGCUCUCUAUGUGGGGCCUGCAGUGUUCACCUGGUAAACUUGCUUUUUGACAUGGAACAUUCCUGGGGGUUCAAUCCAUCACCCACAAAUACAGGGAUAUCACUUAAUACUAUCUGACCUGUUUGUGUCUAUACACAUUGGACAGUGAUGUAGAUGGACAAUCUCACUAUCACUGCUCUCAUCCAAAUCCGAUAUUGUCAUAACGACCAGCGUUCAUCCCAGUUGACUGGAUGUUCAGGUCAGGUAUUACUAUGUGAUUCUGCUGAUGGGUCAUGGGCUGUUUGGACUCCUUCUCUGGCAGGACUGUGGCGUGUGUUGAGACUGUUAGUCCUCCCUGGUGUUCUAGCCCACCCACCCACCACAGCAAUACUGGUCUAGCCCCCCCCCCCAGCCCCUUCACACAUGCGCACACACACUCAUCAUCCUACUUAGAAGAACUGAACUGAUAAGAACUAUGCUGACCCACAUGGUAUGGUGUUCACCUGGUCUCCACCUGGUCUCCUCCAGAAGUCUUUGCUGGAGGUGUGUGGCGUGGAGGCGGGGCUUGUUCCGUUGGGCAUGGAAGGCUGUUUUAGUUCGAAAUGCGUUGAAUCUCCACAGGAGGUUUGGAACAUCAGGACUAAGAACAUGUUCAGUUGAAGCUCUUGAAGAACGUUGUACAUUGUACAUAUGUCAAAAAAAGGAAUAUCGCGAAUAUAAUGUGCCACUUUUUUUUAUGACUUUUAACUGUGGGGUGUAUUCUUCAAACAAGGCGCAGUUCUUGUUUUUCUGUUUUGUUGGUCAGAGCUGCUUGUAUAGCACGUCAGGUUCUUGCGUUGGACUAUGAAUAAGAAUAAUUUAUAUCAUGCAUGUUACUUUUUUUGUUUUAGACUACAUUGUGAAAUGCAGUGUCUCUUCUGCUGUCGGUGGUCAACAGGACAAAGGUACAAACUACAUGCUCCAGGCAGGUUUACAGCUCCAUGGCCUUUUGGUAGUUCAUAGUGACUCAGUGCUAGCCUGGCCAGGCUGUACCAUAGCUGAUAGCUAGCUGAUGUUGCUAGGUAGUAGUCGUUACAGGUAUUCAUCACGUGUCUUCAAGAACUGGUCAGACGAGUUACGUUGUGUGGAUGUGGUUAUGAGUGGCGAAGCUGUUUCUUUCUGUUUGUACUAGCUAGGUAGCUGACCACACAGUUGGACGCCCUCACAGCUGGAUCAGUCGUGUGUGUGCGUUUCAUCGAGCCAGCCAAUCAGCUCUCAGCACUCCCCCCUACUCCCCCCCUGCUGUUGUUGAGGACAGAUGUUGGUUAAGAACAGGGCAGAGUGAGUGACAGCUGCAUGUAUGCCUCUCCCCCUGCCCUGCUCUCUCCCCCUGCCCUGCUCUCUCCCCCUGCCCUGCUCUCUCCCCCUGCCCUGCUCUCUCCCCCUGCCCUGCUCUCUCCCCCUGCCCUGCUCUCUCCCCCUGCCCUGCUCUCUCCCCCUGCCCUGCUCUCUCCCCCUGCCCUGCUCUCUCCCCCUGCCCUGCUCUCUCCCCCUGCCCUGCUCUCUCGCCCUGCCCUGCUCUUUCGCCCUGCCCUGCUCUCUCCCCCUGCCCUGCCCUGCUCUCUUCCCCUGCCCUGCUCUCUCCCCCUGCCCUGCUCUGCUCUCUCCCCCUGCCCUGCUCUGCUCUCUCCCUCUUCCCCUGCCCUGCCUCUCCCUCUGCCCUGCUCUGUCCCUCUGCCUCUUCUCCUGCUUCUCCCUCUGCCCUGCCUCUCUUCUAGUCUGGCCAUACAUCAGUAUGAUCAGGCUCAUCAGCAUGUCAUGAAUGGUUGAUCAUUGUAAUGGUCAGUAGAACCAGGCUAAUGGAACGUAGAGAACUUACGGAACAUGAUUCACCUGUGCUUGUCAGAGAUUAGUAUCUGUUCACUGUACAUUUAAUACAAUGUCAUAUGGACAAUUUGCCAAUGAAUGUGGAUGACAUAGAUGAGCAAAAUCUCCAUUGACAUUCUCUGUGUGAGAGAGUGUAGAGAAUUCUGUUAAGUUUUGACUUAUUUUAUAUUUACUUGUAUGUGGAUAUGUAAUAUAAUGUUGUUAAGGUGUUUCUGAAUUUGAUUAAUAACAGAUUUGAAGUAUUGUCUGAAUUGUUUCUGACAAUUUUACGUUAACAUGGAGAUGUUUGAGUCUGGAUUCUGAUGAAUGCUGAAAUAAAGCAAUACAUUUGAA